AUGAAUAGGUCUCCCUUCGUUGUCUUUGCUGCCCUGAGCAUUUUUCUGGGGACAUUUGUCCAAGGUGUCCCACUUCCUAAGGAAGUAGAUCCUGCGGAGGUCCCCAACUUCUAUGAACUCUUUGAUAAUCCCGAAGCUCACUUGUCCUUGACCGAUGGUCCUGAUACGAUUCAUUUCAUCGGAGCCCAUGGCUACCCAGUAGAGCGGCAUUAUGUGACCACUGAGGACGGCUACAUAGUCAGCCUCUUCCGGAUUCCCUAUUCCCACAAUCUGAAGAACCAGGAUGAAAAGAAACCCAUAGUUUUUAUCCAGCACGGCCUGUUUGCCAGCUCGGAUUUUUGGACUAGUAUAGGACCGGAUGAUGGCCUUGCUUUUCUGCUUUCCGAUGCCGGCUAUGAUGUUUGGCUGGGCAAUGCUCGUGGCAACAGAUACUCCAGGAACCACACAUCCCGCUCCACAAGUCAUCCGGACUUCUGGCGCUACAGUUGGCAUGAGAUUGGAUACUUCGACAUUGCCGCUGCCAUUGAUUACACUCUUUCCACGGAGAAUGGGAAGGAUCAGGAGGGAAUCCACUAUGUGGGUCACUCGCAGGGAACAUCUGUCUUUUUUGUCCUGAUGUCUUCAAGGCCAGAAUACAACCGGAAGAUCAAGACAGCACAUAUGCUGGCUCCUGUGGCCUUUAUGGAUCACAUGGAGGAUGUGAUGGUCAAUACCCUGUCUCCUUAUCUGGGCUUCAACAACGUUUAUUCCACGCUGUUCUCUUCCCAAGAGUUUUUGCCCUACAACGACUUUGUUCUGGCUCUCAUGUACAGUGUUUGUCUUCCUGGAUCGAUUGUUUCCAGUUUUUGCAGCAGCAGUGAAGAAACAGCUGUUUCGAAAAGCAGAAAAAACACGACCGCCGACUCUGUGGUAUCCGGGGUAAUGCCCGCUGGUGUGUCCACGGAUCAGAUCCUGCACUACAUGCAGGAGCACCAAUCGGGGCAUUUUCGUCAGUUUGACUUCGGCACCAAUAAGAAUCUGAAGACGUAUGGAACCGAAGCACCACCCGAUUAUCCCACCGAACUCAUCACAAGCGAGAUGCACCUUUGGUAUGGGGAUAAUGAUGAGAUGUCUGCUGUAGAAGACGUCCUCAGGGUGGCCGAAACUCUGCCCAACAAGGUCAUGCACCACUUGGAGGACCCACUGUGGGAUCACAUGGACUUUGCCACCAACUGGGAAGUGCGCCAGUACAUCAAUGAGCCGAUAAUAGCCAUUAUGAACGAGUACGAGGCUAAGUGA